AUGGACGCAGAGCAAGAACCAGACUCUCAGCCUGCAAGAAAGCGGCCUCGCAUUGACCUUGGUGUCGGCGAGCGCAAGCGAGGCAAGAGCAUGUUUGGUAUUGUUCUUGGAACGCUGAACAAGGCGAAGAUUGAGGACAAGGAAAGGAAUGCUAGUGAAGCAGCUAAAAAGCGUCAGAUGAUAGACCAGCGGUUGCAAGCUAAGCUUCGAAAGGAGACUGACUCAGUUCGACGCUCUGAAGAAGCCAAGAAGGACAGGAACCUCGCCAAUCGAAAGGAAGAAGAACUUCAACUCAAAGAUUCAAUCUAUAAGCUACGAAGAACGCAUUUACCACUCUAUUCUCACUUCCUAUGUACAUCUGACGACACCCAGUCCAUUGAUUCUAUGGAAGACCAGCCGUCAUCAAUAACUCUUCUAGCUUUGCCCACACGAUCGCACCCUCCGCCUCUCUUUUAUUUGCCUGCGAUACUCACAGCAGCCCAGGAAGCAUUUUUAGAAAAACGUAAAUCCAAGGUCAAGGAAACAGCCGAAUCCGAAUGGUCCACCUUCCGCGGGGAGCGCACUGCCGGUAUCGACGAAAUCAAGGAGCUCCGACUACGUGUUGCCGAUGAGGACGCAAGAAAGAAGAAGGAAAAGAAAGAUGAAAUCGAUGCAGACGAAAAAAAUCAAAUCAACAAGGACGAGGAAAUGACCUCUGAGGAGCCCAAGACUUUUGAAUCGAAGGCGGAGGAGCGUGACUCAAAGACGGAAGAAAAACCCGAGGAACGCGAAUCAAAGACGGAAGAAAUGGAGGUAGAUGUUGGUACUAAGGAGGAAUCAGGCAUGCGCGCAGACGAUGAAGAUGCGGUUGAAUACUGA